GUUUUCACUUUUCAAGAUCACAGAAUCAUGAAAAUCGACAGCGCGCGAUGGACGUGAUGAUGAUGGAAGACGUACAGUCCGGCCGAUUUUGCCUUAUCUCUGUAUUUUCUUGAUUUUGAAACCACUUAAAUGAAGUCAAUAUGAAACCAGAUCAACACAGAAAGAAACGGAGUGCUCAGUACAAGAGAAAGCACGGUAUAUCUCAAAAGACAGAUGCUACAAAGUCGAAGGCAAAUUCAAGUUCCGCUGUGAAAUGUGCAGACGCUUCAGACACAUCAACAAGGCCAAAGGAAUCGGGCCAAAAUUUAAAGGAAUCUAAUCACAACUCGUCGUCAGAUAGACAUGAUACUUAUAGAGCUAGAAACAGAGAUUUCACUCAAGAUGAAUCUGAGGAAGUCCGAAGCUUUGCAAGACGGAAGAUUGAGAGCAACUGGGACCGUUAUGAACCACUGGAUGAUGAUGUAGAUGAGUCAUAUAACUAUGAUGGAUUGAAGGGAGCAGACUUUAAGGCAUUGCUCAGCCUAACAGGAGAUGCGUCAAGUCAGUUCCGUUUUAAAGACGAGCAGCUGUGGGAGGAAGAAGAGUCAGACCUAGAGAAAACACAGGAAUCAGAAGGCAUUCCAGCAAUUGACUGCCAUGAUUUGUCUCAAAGGCUCAUGGCAAUCCCUCUACAAGUCAGACUCAACAUUGAUUGCGUUUUCUUUGAGCCGCCUACAUUGAAGAGCUUUGAAGAGCUUGCCUCAAGACACAAAGAGAAAUUAGACAGCGGGGAAUCUAGCGUCUGGACACCUGUUAGCAGUGAUAAAUCGUCCCCGAUAUUUUCAGCCCGAAAUCAGGCCGUGGAUGCAGGAGGCAGUGACAGCAUUUGUCUUGAUUCUGAUGAGGAGGAGGAGGUGAAAGACGAAACAAGUCGGCCCAGGGAGGAAGAGAAAGAGCCUCCUUUGGACUUGUCUAUCAGCCAUUCACAGGAUAAUGUCAAACACUCGAGUCUUCCUGAGUUAAGCAGAGGGCUGCAAGAUGUUCCCGAUACAGAUAAGGAACCGAUUCAAGAUGCUCCUGCAACUCCGGAUGUUAGAAGUGGUCUGGAUAAAUCAGAACAUUUGGAAGAUGAUGAAAUGUUUGUCAAUCGAGAACAGACUGCCGCUGAAGCUAGAAAGUGUAAUGUUGGUAGGGAAGACCAACCAGGGACUCAAGAACAAAGUGAAACGACAGUUGACCCUGUGUCAAACCAAGGGGAGAUUGAUAAUUCAGAUACAAGAAGUACCCUACAAAGCCACACAAAACUUGCUGUUGUGUCCCCACCCAAGAUCCAAGCAAAGACAAAACCUCUAUCGGAGCCGAAAACUGAUGACAUUGAUGAUGAUGAUGAUGAAUUGAACUUCUUGUUGGGCCUGGAGAACCCGGUACAGACCAGGAGCAAACCGGAUGUUACCAGUGGACAGCUGGAGGAGGAUGAGGGGAUCCUAGAUGAAGGGCGGGAGAGGCCUGCAAGUCAACCUGUAGAUGCUGAUAAGAAGCCUAAGCCAGGACAUGUGCAAGCUCUCUUGAAGACUGAAUCCACUUCACAAAACGGCACAGACAGCCUUGAGGACUGGCUGGACAGCGUGCUGGAUGACUGACGAUGUCAACGUCUAGA